GUGAUCGACCCUGACUGACUAAUUUUAUGACGUUAUUUCCAAUGACGUAUCAUCGGUCGGUUUGGAGUCAGUUUCGCCCUUGUGACUGCAGCAUUAUCAUACCUUUACUCAAGAAUAGCGUAUGAAUUAAAUACCUUAUAGUAGUAGUCUCACUGGAGGUUGCAUCAUUCGACUGAACGACUUGGGACAAAGACUGAACACCACUUUGCGAUCAAGGGUGUACUUUUGAUUGAAAGUCGAAAUGGAGAUUGAGGUUAUGGGAAUGUCGAUGUCAUUGACAUGUCUGUUGGCCUGGUUCACUCUCGGAUUCGUCACCCUGUACACAUUAUAUACCGCCCUCUGGACCCACAGUUAUUGGAAGCGGAAGGGAGUGCCGUACGAACCAGCUCUACCUCUAAUUGGAAACCCAAUCUUCACAUCAAGAACAAAAAUCCCUGAAAUUUUCGAAGAGUGGACGAGAAAAUAUGGGAAGUUCUACGGGACGUUUUCAUUUAGUGUUCCCGUCAUUGUCGUGAGUGAUCCCGAGAUAUUACGACUUGUUCUGGUGAAGAGCUUCAACAAUUUCCACAACAGAGUUAGCUUUCCGCAGAUUCCCGAUGAACUUCAAAGUAUGGUGUCACUGGCGGAAGGGGAGCGCUGGAAGGAAAUAAGAAACAUCUUAACCCCGACAUUCAGCGGGGCAAAGAUGAAACAGAUGUCCAAUCUUGUAAACGCUAGCGCAGACAGUCUGGUCAAACACAUUGGGAUCAAACAGAAAGAUAGAGGGUACAUCGAAUGUCAAGAUAUCUUUGGGGCCUUCGUCAUGGAUACUGUCGGAAGUUGUGCGUUUGGUCUUGACAUCGAUUCCCAGUCUGAUCCGAGAAAUCCUUUCGUGAGCAAUGCUAAAAAGGCCUUCCAGUUUGACGUCUGGAACCCAUUCUUCAUUAUCGGAAGCAUGAUUCCAGCUUUGGGGAGAGUCUUUACUUACUUCCGACUCGGAUUGUUCAUGGGCGCCGAUGUAGUCGAUUUCUUCAAAGAUGUCAACAAGAAAGCAAUUGCUUUGAGAAAUGAUAUUACAUCAGGAUCCGACUCCAAGAGGGUUGACUUCCUUCAGUUACUGCUUGAUGCGCAGAAACAUGAAAACGUCAACAAAGUUUACAAACCCGAAGAGGAGGAGGAUGAGGACGAUAUCCAUGCUGAUUUGGACAAACAUCACGAUACCCAGUAUCACUCAAGGGGUAUGGGCAAGAAAAAACCUCUGACAGACAACGAGGUCCUAGCUCAGGUGCUGAUCUUCUUCACCGCUGGUUCCGAGACUACCACCACUCUCCUAGGUUUCAUCGCGUAUUCUUUGGCCACCAACCCUGAGGUCCAGGAGAAGCUAAUCCAGGAGAUUGACAAGAUGACGCCCUCUCGUGACGACGCCGGGUACAAGUCUGUUGCAACCAUGCCUUACCUUGAUCAAGUUGUUUGCGAAACCCUGAGGUUGUUCCCACCUGCUGCGGUUGCAAAUCGCAUGUGCAAUGAGACCUUUGAACACAAUGGCGCCAUCAUUGAGAAGGGAACCCAAGUCUUCAUACCAAUAUACACCAUUCAUCACGAUCCUGACUACUGGCCUCAACCAAAGAAGUUCAUCCCAGAAAGAUUCACCAAAGAGGCCCGAGCCAAACAGCAUCCAUUCGCUUGGCAACCAUUCGGUGCUGGCCCUCGCAACUGCAUCGGAAUGCGCUUCGCUCUCAUGGAAACAAAGAUGGCGGUUGUGCGCGUGCUUCAGAACUUCCGGUUUGAGACUUGCACACAGACUGAGAUUCCUCCUAAGUUCAACAUUACCGGCUUCCUGACCCCACCCAAUGGAAUAACACUAAAAGCAGUGCCCAGAGCUGACAAGGUUGCCUGAGGUCAUGACCAAAUCCCGAAAUGAUUACAAAAAAUGUAAUGAUAAGACAUCUGAAAUUUACAAUUUAUAGAACCUGGGUUCUUUAGGUUAAAACAUAAAAUUAAUUACUUUGAAUGGCAAAGGAGGCGCAUCAGCGCAUGAUUUAUUUUUCCACGUUUUGAAAAAAAAAUCUUAAAUAAUUUCUCAGCUAUACGCUGUAGAUAACAAGAACAAUGAAAUAAAUUUGUGCAAUGGAUGGAAUGCAUUUUUCAAACGCUGUUAAUUAUGUUACUGCUGUAUCGUCUGGAUAUUCACGUCUUGCUACGCUAAACAUGAUCAUAUGCAGAAAAUGUGACCUCUUUAUGUUUAUGUCAAUUGCAAUAUGCAAGUGUUUUAACAAUAAUAUAAACAUGAUAAACCUGUAAGAACGAAUAAAUACAUUUAUAUGUUGUAGCUCUUUAAGUAUCUUCUAUUUGUUUCUGUCAACCCUGUUUCUGUUAACCCAAAUUGAUUUACGAAUAAAAUGAAGAAGAUAAUUAAUUGCCCUGAAUGUAUCCCAACAUUCAUUUUCCGAAUAUUCAGAAGUAUCAAGAAUCUAUAUCGGAUUUUGCAGAGGAUUUCCUGGCUUGUUAUUUUGUAUUAGAUCUCUCUUUAUUCACUCAACUCAACUAUAAUUGACUACAAAUUCAGCCCUCAAAGUAGACGGUAUCAUCAGUACUAAAGUCCAAAUCAAUUUGUCAUUAUGGAGACAUUUAUAUUGAUUGCUUUGAGAACUGUCUUUAAAAGAAAACAAUGUUCUUGUCUAUUCUCAUAAUCAUUUAUUUACAUAAGUAGUGUAUAUUCUGUUAAAUGUAUGUUAUCUUGAAAAACAGCCCCAACGGACGGAGAUCCAACUCUAUCAGCUGAUCAGCGUACACAGCUGCUAAUGAGGCCCAACGAAAGAUGGCGUUGCUUUACUGACACAAAAACAAACAUUUAAUGAUUUGAAUCUAGAACUUACAUAUGACC